GCGGCCCGGGCGCUCCUCUCCGCGCGGACCAGCGAGGCGGCGGCAGCUCCUGCAGCCUCCCGGAGACGCGGGCCCCCGACACGCUCCAGCCGCUCGCCCACCACCGACCCCUCGGCGCGGCCUUAGCACUGCCCCAGCUACUCUCUCCAGAAUGAUUCCCUGCAGAGCUGCACUCUCUUUUGCCCGAUGUCUGAUCCGGAGAAAAAUCGUCACUCUGGAUAGUCUAGAAGAUUCCAAAUUAUGCCGCUGCUUAUCCACCAUGGACCUCAUUGCUUUGGGGGUUGGAAGCACUCUUGGUGCUGGGGUCUAUGUCCUUGCUGGAGAGGUGGCCAAAGCAGAUUCUGGUCCCAGUAUCGUGGUGUCCUUCCUCAUUGCUGCCCUUGCUUCCGUGAUGGCAGGCCUUUGCUAUGCUGAAUUUGGGGCCCGAGUUCCCAAGACUGGGUCUGCGUAUUUGUACACUUAUGUCACUGUUGGAGAGCUGUGGGCAUUCAUCACCGGCUGGAAUCUCAUUUUAUCUUACGUGAUAGGUACAUCAAGUGUUGCAAGAGCAUGGAGUGGCACCUUUGAUGAACUUCUUAGCAAACAGAUUGGCCAGUUUUUCAGGACAUACUUCAAAAUGAAUUAUACCGGCCUUGCAGAGUAUCCUGACUUUUUUGCUGUGUGCCUUAUAUUACUUCUAGCAGGUCUUUUAUCUUUUGGAGUAAAAGAAUCUGCUUGGGUGAAUAAAAUCUUCACAGCUGUUAAUAUCCUGGUCCUUCUCUUUGUUAUGGUUGCUGGGUUUGUGAAAGGAAAUGUGGCAAACUGGAAGAUUAGUGAAGAGUUUCUCAAAAAUAUAUCAGCGAGUGCCAGAGAUCUGCCUUCUGAAAAUGGAACGAGUAUCUAUGGGGCUGGUGGCUUUAUGCCUUAUGGCUUUGCAGGAACUUUGGCUGGGGCUGCCACCUGCUUUUAUGCCUUUGUGGGAUUUGACUGCAUUGCAACAACUGGUGAAGAAGUCCGGAAUCCUCAGAAAGCUAUUCCUAUUGGAAUCGUGACUUCUUUGCUUGUUUGCUUUAUGGCCUACUUUGGGGUCUCUGCAGCUUUAACACUUAUGAUGCCAUACUACCUCCUGGAUGAGAAAAGCCCGCUUCCGGUAGCAUUUGAAUAUGUUGGAUGGGGUCCCGCCAAAUAUGUUGUUGCGGCGGGUUCUCUCUGUGCUUUGUCAACAAGUCUUCUUGGAUCCAUUUUCCCAAUGCCUCGUGUAAUCUAUGCUAUGGCGGAGGAUGGGUUGCUUUUCAAAUGUCUAGCUCAAAUCAAUUCCAAAACGAAGACACCAAUAAUUGCUACUUUAUCAUCGGGUGCAGUGGCAGCUGUGAUGGCAUUUCUCUUUGACCUGAAGGCACUUGUGGACAUGAUGUCCAUUGGCACCCUUCUGGCCUACUCUCUGGUUGCUGCGUGUGUUCUCAUCCUCAGGUACCAGCCCGGCUUAUCUUAUGAGCAGCCCAAAUGCUGUCCUGAGAAAGCAGCUCUGGGGUCAUGCGGCAAUGCUGCCUCGAAGAGCGAGUCGCAGGUCGCCGUGCUGCAGGGGCAGGGCCUCAGCCUGCGCAUCCUCAUGAGUCCCUCGGCUCUGCCUACACAGCAGUCGUCUUCUCUCGUGAGCUUUCUGGUAGGAUUUCUUGCAUUUCUCGUUUUGGGCCUGAGUAUCCUGACCACUUACGGAGUCCAAGCGAUUGCCCGGCUAGAAGCAUGGAGUGUUGCUCUUCUGGUCCUGUUUCUUGUCCUCUGCAUUGCCGUUGUGCUCACCAUUUGGAGGCAGCCCCAGAAUCAGCAAAAAGUAGCCUUCAUGGUUCCUUUCUUACCAUUCUUGCCAGCCUUCAGCAUCCUGGUGAACAUCUACCUGAUGGUCCAGUUGAGCGCAGACACUUGGAUAAGAUUUAGCAUUUGGAUGGCACUCGGUUUCCUGAUCUACUUCGCUUAUGGCAUUAGACACAGCCUGGAGGGUAAUCCGAGAGAAGAGGAAGACCAUGAAGAGACUUCCCCAGACAACAUCAGUGCCGCAACAAAAGAAAAAUCUGCCUUUCAAGCAAACGACCAGCACCAAAGAAACCUCAGUUUACCUUUCAUAUUCCACGAAAAGAUGAGUGAAUGCUAACGCCUGCAGGAGCUGAGCUGGUCCAGUCUUACCGUACAUAUCCUACAUGGAGUAAACCAUGACCGAGUGUCAUCAUCCUGCUAGGUUGCCAUGGGUUUGCUGCAGACAUAGUUCACCCUAACUUAUACUUACUCACCUGGACAGCACCUCCUCAGAUGGUGAAUUGUGUACCUGGGGAAACCUCCUAAGCUCUCUCCUCAGCGAUGAAUAUCCCCCCAAAAGUGGGAGCAUGUGUGUAUGUGUGUAUGUAUAUGCUGGGGUAUAUGAAUGUUAGAAGUUGUUUGUGUUUCACUCUGACUGCAUUCUAUUUUUCUGGUGUUGUCAUUAAUCGGUGGCUUAUACUGCCGCAGUGGAAGUAAUCACUGAAUAGAAAAGUGCUUUGGACGUGCCUGGUGCAUUUGGGGAAAUAACCAUGGCUUUUCCUUAUUAGGUGUCGUUAAUGUCGAUUAGAACAUGCUUUUUAAAAAAAAUGCAGUUACCCAUCCCGGUGUCUGUCACUGGUCAGGAGCGAGAGGAGGGGAGAAGAAAUGAGCCUUUUCUAUAACUCAUCAGUGCCAGCAGGGGGUUUAGUCCAGAUUUUUCUUCUAUAAAGUAUGGCAGUUUGCGACAACUUCAGCCACAGGCGUGUUUGCGUCCCGCCGGGCUACCGAGGGCGGGAGCGGCGCUCUGGGUCACCCGAUGGCGCCCCUUUCAGCUGCUGUCGUUUUUUGAGAGAAGUGGUCCUUCCUCAGUCCCGGCAGGGGCUUGAGAGCAGUAUGUGUGAUCUACUUGGGGACCCUUUCUGCUAGAAAAUGAAGGUGGUCCCCUGGCAGGAAAGCUUGCGUAAGGAGCAGCGAUGAGCGUAUAUUUGAAAAUCAGAGUCAGACAAAUGCUUGUGUAAGUAGACACCAAGCAUCUUUGUCUUUUAAAGUCACAUACAGUAAGCCAGUAAAAUCUUCCCGGAUCACACGAUUGGCAGAACGAUUUACACUUUUCCCUUUUACUUAAUAACUAAUCACAGUUCAGUUUUAAAAAAAAAAAAAAAAACCUCAUCAGGUACAGAAUUCACUCCUUUGUUCCUAUUAUUUUGUCUUGUCCGAGAAUGGAGGGGCUACACUAGCAAAUUAUGUCUUUACUACAUGCCAAAGAGGAAAGAAACAAAGGGAUACAAGAAGAGGAAAUGUCCCUGUUCUGAGUUUAAAUUGCCUAUUCAGAUGUUAAAUUGCAUGUGCCCCAAUUUGAGGGUUUGGGAUCGAAUUUGCCUUUGAUGUUUCUUUUGGAAACAGUUAGGGAUGUUUUCCUUCCCCAUCCCAUAAAUUGUUUAGCACUUUUUAUCUCAUUUAUUUUUAAUUGACCACACUAAAUCUGUCAAUACCCCAUUCCCAGUGGUUGGGGAAUAAAAUAUCUGGGCUAAAUACACGAUUAUUUAAAGCCUCAAGCUAAAAAAUUAACCUAAUUGAAUCAAAGCUAUAUAAACACAGUAACCUUUAAGGAAUAAAUGAUUUGUUUUAUAUGUAAGAUUCUCUAAUCACUGUAUCUUGCUUCAUAGGGUUCUCUUAUAGUGGACUGUUUACCUGCAGUGUGCUUUGCUUCUCAUGAAUUAGCUUUCUUACAAAUAAUUAAAUGGUUUACUAGGUGAGGCUAGGGGCUAAAUACUUACACAUCAACGGGUUACAUUCCCAGGAUGAAUGUUAUCAAGCUCACCAGUUGACCGGCUUAAUCCAAAGGCAAGGAAAACAUUUGUUUCCCGAUAGCUCUUCCAAGAGAUUAAUUAUUUGCCCGAUGCCAUUAAAGAGCAAGUUGUGAUUGUUUUGUCUAACCAAGAGUUUAUUGUGAUUAAAUAUCAGAUAAACAGAAAGCCUGGGUUUUUGGCUGCUAGUGUUGGAGCCUCCCUAAUCUAGAGCUCAGUACUGACAUUCCACAAUUUCCAGGGUGCAUGGUAAAAUCUGAAGCCCAGAAUUCUCUUUCGAGCAUGUUUUGCUGGGGAGGAAAAGUUGGAUACGCAAGGAGUACAAGAUUUUGGUAAGGGCUGUAGGCAUGAGCCUAAAUCCUUGUCGUUAAAGUGUUACACUGAGAGCCCCCCCCCUUUUAUUCUCUCAUCGAGCUAGAUUAGGCCCUUAACAUGGGGAACAUAAGGAAUUUCAUAUAUAAAUAUCUGAGUCUUUGACCGUAACAAAAUCAAGAAAUUUAUUUAGAAUGUGACAGGCAGCUAAAACUCUUAUGCCCACUGUGUUCGAUGAGGAGCAGAAUUUAGUUAAAAAUUAAUUUUCCACAUUAAAAAACUUUGCAAACACAAAUAUCUAUGAAGAGAUGCUUUGUUGGUGAUUGUGCUUUUUUUCUGUGAAGACUCAAACGUGUGCUCCUAUCUCUGUAUGAGUGUGUAUAUAUGUAUAUGUCUGUGUAUUUCAAACAGUGUAUAAGUCGGUUGGGUUUAUGAUGGGCUUUGGAAACGAUACAAUUGUACGGAUAAAAAAACCCAAUUGAUGUGGAGAAAAAAUAAUAUUUUAUAUUGGUAGAUAUGCUUAUACAAAAUUUUUAGGUUUUAAACUAUUUUGCAAUAUACAGCAAUUUUAUAUAUAUGAUAUUUUCUGUAGAUUCUUUGAGAAAGAUAUAUUUAUAAUGUAUCUAAUGUGGAAUCACUAAACUCGAGUACAUUGUAACAGGUGCUUUAUAAUCUGAAAUGGAGUAGGGGUAGGAGGUGUUAGGGUUUUCUGUUUACUUAUUUCUGAGGCACCUUUUCUGACAUCUCUGUCUUGCUCUGUGUUUAUUAGACGCCAGUUCUACCAGGUCUCUUACCACCUCCCUGUUGCUACAUCUGAAUUCAUAACCUUUGGAACAAAAUACUGCUUUUACUUUCUUAGGAUUACCAAAAUGUUUUUGUACAGAUACGACUAGUAAUCAAUCACACUUCUAUAAACUCCUCUCCAGAAAUGAAAAAAAUGCAUACCACACAUUCUCUUAAUUGUGAUUGAGUAAAAACAGUUUAAAUUACUUUUCUUUCUUACACUAGGAAAUAUGCUUUCUUAAUAUUUUCAAUGAGAAACUUCCUAUCAGAGCACCUUUAUAUCAUACUCUUCAAGAAAGGGAAAGGAUGAUUUGUGAAUAACCAUAGAAAGGCCCUGCCUACCCUACAUUUAAAAAGGUAGCUAUACAAAUUCAAGUUCAAACCCUAUUUAUGAGAAAACUUAACAACUUUUGAUAAAUACUGAAAUACAGAUUUUUGCUUACUCACAUUUUUCCCCCAGAGAUAAACAGCAAGAAAACUUUGUAACCCCAAAAACAUCAUUUAGGAUAUAUACGUUGAAGAAAAAUUAGCAUUGAUAUAUUUAAAACUUUACUACCACCAACCAUAAUUAGAAGAAAAUAUCUCUUGCAGAAUUGUUUUGCUUUAAAAUACAGAAGCCUCUCUUUUAAUUUUCUGAAUAAAAGAUUUUUUAACUUUUUUUUUAAUUUUAAAAAUAAGCAAAUUAUUUGCUAAGUCGUGGGUAUUUUCAGGUAGUUUUUCAACCUAUUUUGAAUCAGCCUCUAUAUUUUUACCUAGUUCCUUUCUAAACUAAUUUGAAUGCUUAGCAGGGAGAAUAAGGAAAACUACUGUUCUCCAGUUCUGACAAUGCCAGAGGAGCAGGUCAGUCCUCUUUGUUCGUAAAUCAGGGCAUAUUCUGAGAUUACAAACCACAUGAUAAUGUUGUGCCAUGACCCCAGCUCUCCCUCGUGAUGUAGCUCAUGAUGUUCUCUGCCUGAUUUUCUCCUGAUGAGCUUCAAGCAACUGUAAAUUAACACCCAAACUACCAUUUCCACAGAAUUUUAAAGGAUUGGGUUCAGAGUGAACAUCGUGGAGUAUUAAAAUUCACAUGAUGAGUGUGAACUUUGGGGAGAGGGGGAUUAACUUUUUUUUUUUUUUUUUGCUAGUGCCUUCUCUGUACAUUUUCUACUUACAUUCUCUCACAUGUCCUAAAAUAUCAAGGGAAAAAGUACCAAAGUUCAGCACAGGUCAUUUUUUAGCCAUGUAGAUUUGGAAAUAAGGUUGCUUGACUUUGUUGUUUAGCUGAGAUUUUUUUUUUCCUCUUUGUAUAAUUAUAUUUAAGCAUUUUUAAAUGAAUUUCUGGUUUCUGGAUUUUGAGAGCCCUGCUCUGUUUUUGUGGUUGUUGGUUUUUAUAACAUUCAUUAUUGCUUAUAUGUACACAGUUUAGUCUCAACUGAUCUCAAGUGCAUUUUCUUAUGGCUCAACCCAACUGGCAACCCUCUUGGCUGUGAGUAACAUACUGAGGUUUUAUUCACCAUGGCUGAAGCCACUGCCAUAAUCUCUGGCCUUAAAGAACUUUCUGUGACUACUGGUGCCCCAUGGGGAUUGUGACCAAGAGCCCGGGCUGGUUCCAGGAUCAGGCAGCCUGCAAAGUGUAAGCAUCCAUAACUACCCUUGUUGAGUGGGGUCUUGGGAUGACAGUGGGAUAUGAAGCGAAUAUGCAAGUUAGGAGUUUGGGGUCCUUAAUUUCAGUCCUGAAUAUCCCAGAGACACAUCAACGGUCAAUGAUAAGGAACCUCUAGGAAAGGAUGGAAAGGAUGGCUGCUUCCUGGAACUGGUACCAUAGGGUCUGGCCCACUGCAAUCCCCAUAUGGGCAUGGACAGCCCUGUGGUAGAAAGUGCACGGGCCCAGGCUCAGCUGUUAGAGAGUUUGUAUUGCCUAUAGGGUGGGUUUCUCUGGCCCAGGCCUGGUUAAUGGGCUCUUCAUCUUUGGUGUCCACUAGGGCUGCCCCAUUGUGUUAUUGCUCUAUUUUGUUGUCCUUGUACUCAAUAGAAGCUGUUGAUAGGGCCCAAAACCCUACAGAAAUUCUAUGUCUGUAAAACCCAACAGAUACAUUGGACUUGUCUAUAUGUAAAGAUUUUCUGUUUAGUAGGUAAUUUCAAAUUUAAAUGUUUCAAAUGAUAAUCAGAGUUCCUUUUUACUUACAAAGUUGGAUUAUUUUUUAGAAUUGUAAUAAAUAAAAACUCUUGCUGCUUUACCACUGUAAGACAGG